UCGGCGUUGGCCAGUUUCAAAAUAACUUACGAGCUCGCCAGGCACCUGACUCAGCGACGCGUCGAAAUGCGCGCUUUGGCCGGCCGCCCUGGCAGGCCGUGAUCGGCGCGCGAGUGUGUGCGCGUGUGUGCUCAGCCGGCCGUGCAAGCAGCAGCGAGUCGACCGCGCACCAUGGGUCCCGGCGCCUGAGGCGGUGUCCCGCGCGAGCUUGACCAGCGGCCAGUGCCCGCUGCCCGAGACGCCCGCACACGCGCACGCCUAGCGCGCGCGCGCGCGCGAGGCAGCGCUUUCGUUCGGUGCUGCGACCUCGCGGCGACGCCGGGAGCUACUCAGUGCGCCAUGCUAGCCGCCCUGGCCGGGUUGUGGCUCUGUGGCGUCUGGUCGGGUUUCGGAUCCGCGGCCCUGACCAGCAAUGAAGUCACCGACAACCUGCUUGUGGAUACACUUGGGCUCAGCAGCAUCGAACCGCGGUACCUGAUGCUGGCGCCCCGGGUGGUUCGUCCCAACCAGGUGUACCGGGUGACGGUGACGCUGCUGUCGGCGAGCGAGGCGCACACGGUGCGCGCUUCGCUGCAGCGCGAGGCCGAGGAGGUGGCCUCCGCCAAGGAACUCGUCGCCUCCGGGCAGACCGCCGUGCUGCUCAUGAAGGUUCCGCAGAAUGCCAAACCGGGCAAAUACAAGAUGCGCGUCGAAGGUAACAUCAACGGCGUGCUGGGUGGCACUGGUUUCAUGCAAGAGCAGGACGUUGAAUUCCAAGCGCAAUUUCUCACCAUCCUCAUCCAGACGAACCAGUUCGUCUACAACUUCGAGCAGUCCAUUAAGGCCAGAAUUGUGCUUCUCACGACUGAAUUGAAGCCAUAUGCGGAGCCGGUGGAUGUCUACCUCACGGAUUCUCGGGGCAUUGUGAUGAAGCGGUGGCUUUCUCAGUACCCAUACCUUGGCUUCAUCAAGAUCAACUUCGACCUUCCGUAUGACUACGCGGUGGGCUGGUGGAGCAUCAAGGUGGUAGUACUGAGCCAAGUGGAGGAGCGCAAGAUCCUGCUCGAGCGCUGGUUCACCGAGCGCUACGACGUGUACGUGAUCGUGCCGCCGUUCGUGCUGGACACGGACGAAUACUUCGAGGGCGACGUGUCAGCGAACUACACGACCGUGGCACCCGUCUUCGGCAACGCCACCAUCCGCGCCUACGUGCGCCCCACCAUGGUGCAGAACUACGACCCGGGCUUGCAGGUCGUGGAGCCCUACCUCGAGGAAUAUGUGCACGAUUUCCGGAUGGGCUACCAGUUCAAGUUCCCCAUGUCCGAACUUCGCGAGCUGGCAUCGCCCCACCCACUCGACAAAUGUGAGAUCGAAAUAAAGGCUGCCGUGGGCGAACGUUUCCUGGACGUCAUCGUGGAUGGCUACGCGCGCUCCCGCGUCAUCAAUUCGUCACUCAGCCUAAAAAUACUCGGCGUGAAGCCACUUGUCUUCAAGCCGGGCAUGGUGUUCUCCAUAUACAUUGCCGUGACAUACCAUGACUUGGUCAAGCUGCCCGAGGAGAAACUGGCCCGCUCUAACAUCACGGUCAGCUUCACGUCACAGGGUGGCGGUCGGGGCAUAGAGGAUGUCCAGAAGCAGCCUGACGAGCAAGGCAUGGCCGUCAUCGAAGUGGAGCCGCCCGAGAGCGCCGAGCGCAUCGUAAUCAAGGCGAGAUAUCAUGAUAAAGAAGACUCGGUGGAAACAGAAGCACUUGCGGUUGCUCAACAUUCACCUAAGAAGAAGUACAUACAGAUAACUACCAGCACAACGAAUGGCAUUGCUGGCCAGUACGCUAUAUUCCACGUGCGCACCAACUUUUACAUCAAGUUCUUCCACUAUUUGGUGAUUUCCAAGGGAACUGUGCUCCAAUCUGGAGUGCAAAGAGCCUAUGGUCUGGUCCAGACGAUAACCGCAUUCAGCAUUCCCUUGUCGCCCGAAAUGGCACCGGCUGUGAAAGUGAUGGUGUACCAGAUAUCCAGCAACGGUGACCUCACCGCUGACGCCAUCAUAGUUCCUGUCCAGGGUAUCAACCGAGGAAACUUCUACAUGUGGAAGAACUUGAAGCAAGACCGAUCCAACAACUUGAUUGAACUGGUUCCAACGUAUUCUCCGGAAACUGUAGCCGGUCUCAACGGCCUGGACAGCGACUUGGUGGCUGUGCAGGGAAAGAACGAUCUGACACUCACGUCGGUCAUCGAAACCCUGUACCACAUGGAGGACCACUGGGGAAGCCAUGUGCGCGCCGUGUGGCGGGACCGUGACGGGAAACCAGACAAGGCGGAAUACUACGUCACGCAAAACUUCGCUCCAGACGUUAACAAGACGUUCGCGUUCGCAGGGCUAAUUGUGUCCACAAACCUGAAUGUUACAACCCUUCCAGACAUGUGCAACGAGACUGCUGGGUUGCUUCCCUGCGUAAACGGCGAGUGCUAUCCAAAGAGUGGACGCUGCAACGGAUACAAAGACUGCUACGAUGGAACCGAUGAGGGAAACUGUGAGAAGGAUGACUUGGAAGACCAAAGUCUGUUCGAGUUUUUCUUGUACAGGCAAAAUCGCUUUAACAACUUCUUUGACGCUACAGGAGGCAAUUUCGCCUGGCAUCAUGCAAUUACAGGCAACUUAAAGGACAUAUAUAUGCCAUGCCUUGUCCCUAAGGGCCCAACGUUGUACAUGUUCAAUGCUAUUGCUGUUAGCAGACUGCACGGGUUUGCCAUCCUUAAUGAGCCGAUCUACCACAACAGCUUGCGGCCUUUCUACAUGACGUAUGAAGCACCUACAACGGCUGUCAUUGGAGAGCAGAUUGGUAUACGUGUGAUCCUCUUCAAUUACCAGAACUACUUAGUUCAAGCUGAACUUCGAGUGCUUGGGUCUGAAGACUACCGGUUUGUGCAAGUCGGACCUCUAGGUCGAGUUGGGUCUUACAGCCCCGUGACCACCAAGGGUGAAGUGCAACAUGUCGUUUACAUCCAGCCUUUCAUGCACAUCACCAUACACGUUCCUAUUGUCUCAGUGAAGAUUGGACAGGUGGAUGUGGGCCUUGUGGCCAAAACACAAAUAGCCCACGAAGAGGCCACUAUUACCAUCGACUUCCUCCCCGACGGCGUGCCCUUGAGAAUGCAUACAUCCAUGCUCAUGGACCUGCGAGCGCAGGCGUACAACAUCAAGUUCCUCGAUCUCAAUGUCACCGAAGACCCCAUCAUCCCGUUUGAGAGCCAGUAUCGGCGCUACCUCUUCGGGUCACCUGCCGCGCACGUCUCGGUCAUAGGAGACAUUGUCGGAACACCCCUGGAGGGAGACGUAGAACCGGAGGAUUUCGGAUUCUCAAUCGCCACAAAAUCGGGCGAGCAUGCCAUGUUCAGUUUUGCCUAUCAAGUUAUUCGGCUGACCUAUUUGCGUCUCACUGACCAGCUGACCCGUGACAUUGCAAAGCCCAUCUUUGAGAAACUGAACAAAGCCUACGUUUAUCAGAGUUCCUACUUCAAGAAUGGUGCGUUCACCAUGUUCAAGAAGGAGCCCAGUGUUUGGCUGACAGCGUUCAGCUUGCGGAUGUACAUGCUGGCGGUGUUCCCGGACUGGGAGCACGACAUCUACAUCGACCCGCGGAUUAUCACGGAAGGAGUCCACUUUCUGCUCAAGUACCAGGAUUCCAAUGGAGCUUUCUACGAGACCACCCGACGCCCGUGGAACCGCAGGAUGAGAUCAGAGGCGCACAACAAAGACAAGAACAUCACGUUGACCGCGCAAGUUGUUCUCACUCUCUCAAAGAUCUCCGAUCUUACUGGAGGCACUCGUGAGCGUGCCAACACAGCCAAGCGGGAUGCAGUGCGCUAUCUGGAGACACAACUCGCACAAGUAAAAGACCCGUACACUGUAGCCCUGACAACAUAUGCACUGUUCGAGGCUGGCUCCAGCGAAGCGCAGUUCGGCUACAACCUGCUCCACUCUUUGAAGAGAGACGCCGAGGGAGCCAUAUACUGGAGCAGCGUGCCCAUUCCUCCGCCCGUGAUCGUGAUCCAGAGCCAGCGGCCUUACCUGAUGCCCCGGCUGCCGCACCCGGAAGACUCGGCUGCCGUAGAGGCCACGGCGUAUGCCUUGCAGGCCUACCUCAAGCAGGGUGGCGUCUUCCAGGAUCAGAUUGUCCGCUGGCUAAACCGGAUGCGUUCCACUGAUUACGGCUUCAUCGGCACACAGGACACACUCGCAGCGCUGGAGGCCCUCACGCAGUAUUCGUUCCGAACGCAUGUCAGAGGCAUUACAGAGAUGAAAGUAACUGUGGAAUCUUCAUCUAACCCAGGAUAUCCCAGCACGUUACGCAUAUCCAAAGACGACUUGGCACGCAGAAAAGUCUUCGAUGUCCAACCCAACGUCUGGGGUCACUGUGAUGUGCUGGCUCAGGGAUCAGGCUUGUCCCUGAUACAGCUCGACGUGAGUUACAACGUCGAUCGUGACUUCUUGCUAGUGCCUCCUGCUUACGAGGCUUUUGACCUGACACUGGAGCCGAGGUUCUCAGGGAGGAAUAGGUCACAUAUCAACAUCCGCAGCUGUGUAAGGUGGACGAUGACGAACAUGAGUGCAGAGAGUGGAGCAGCUGUACUGGAGCUGGUCAUCCCCACAGGUUAUGCUAACUACAGGCCGCAUCUCGACAACUACGUGAAGUCAGGCGAAGUUCCUCGACUAAGCAUGGCCAAAGUGCUUCCCAGGACAGCGGUGUUCAUGUUUGAACAUCUUACAAACGAAUGGACUUGCGUCAACUUCCUCAUCCAGCGGUGGUAUCCGGUUGCUAACUCAACGCGGUACCUGAAAGCCAAGGUGUACGAAUACAAUUCUCCGGAAAACUACAAGGAGAAAAUAUGGGAAAACUACGACCUCUACGUGCUGAGCAUCUGCGAAGUGUGUGGUUCCUACCAGUGCCCAUACUGCCCGUACUUCAGUGCUGCCAGUGUUCCCGCACUGAGCUGGACACUGCUAAUCGUGGCAGCAGUUCUCCUGUUCCAGGAACUUUGCGGCGCUAGAAGGAACUGCUGAUGCCGAGUGUGUGAAUCUCUACAAUGCGUGCGUGUUGCGCGAAUGAUUGCAGCACUAUCUUAAGUCCUGGACUUAGUACACGCAUGGUGUACUGUGGUUAAAUUUAUUUUAAAGAAUACAUUUGUUCGGUGUGGUUUGAGUAGGUGCAGCGGACGGGCGGAAGGUGACAAGCGUGUUUGAAAUGGCGCCAAGCGCUAAGCAUUGAGUCCUGAGGUACUGACGUUUGGCACACUUUUCGCGCAGAAGGCGGGUGGCGUGUUGGUUGUUCUAAAUGUAUGUGGCUUGACAAGUAUUGCGAUGUUGUUUGCGGUUGUGCCUGCCUACAUAACAUGUGCUGUGUAAAUUCCAUGAAACUCGGUGCGAUAUUUUCAAGUACGAAGAGCUAAACGCAUACUAUAUUUCUUGUGAAGAAAACAAAAUCCAGUGCCAUGUGAUAUUGAUUAUAGUAGCUUAUGUGUAUAAUCGGUGCAGCGAAAUAUUUUACACAUCAUUGUUUUAAAAGACAACCGACAGCAGUGAAUUGUGUGCUGACCCAAUUAUUCGCCAUUAUGUUGUUUUUACACGUUUCUUUUAGCGCAUGGCAUGGAGUGAAACUUUUCAGCUAGCGUCAGAGUGGCAUUUUGAGGUAGUCAUCAUUCACAGAGUCGUCUUUGAGACCUUAUCGUUUUCCACCGUUGACUGUCAAAUCAGGGAUGAGAUAGCAUGUAACGAGCUGAAAAGUUGAGCGCGCUGUAACUGGCUGUGUAACUUGAAGAGAAAACAGUCAGGUACUUAACAUCACGUUCCAUGGCAAAACUAUUGUCAUAAAAGCCGUAUUAUGUGCUGCCUUUUUUUUUUUGCAUGUAUGAAGGCAUCUAAAGCCAAACCAUCAUGCUCACGAUAGACGACCUUUGUGAAGAGCCCAAUAUUAGCAGAAAACGCAGGUACAACGAUGGUAAUGCAAGUAGUUAUUCCGGCACAAAUAAUUUUGAUAAAACAAAUUAAUGUAAACUGCCCAAAAGUUCCCGUAUAUACCAUGCAAUUUGUACGCUAGCUAGCGCAAGAGCUGGCGAAUUGCGGCAGUGAAUAUAGCAUUAGUGAAUGCGGUUAAAAAAAAAGUUCUCACGAACGAAGAGCUGCGUGAAUUCGGGCACGCACACCAAUCACCAAAUUGAGGUACGGAGAACUCUAGCAGUUCAUGUCAAGCGUCGUACUUCGCGGCGUGGUGGCAACGCAGUAGCAACUGAUAAUCAGACAUUUUUGCGUUGGCAUUACCUGCCGAUUUUAGGUCACACGCACUGGCGUUCUGGUUUACAAAACUGCUCGCAUGCAACAUUUGUUCGCAAGAGCAGACUCCGCUCUAUUAGUAUUAGUCAGCGUUAUUUGCUGUUACUAUUAGCAAAGGCAGUGCGCCAUUGGCAAACAGUUCUUAUGGCUAAAAAUAAUUUGUGAAUCUUGUAUCAGGGCCUGCAUAUUCACAUAAACCUCUUAGGCUAGUAUUGUUCUUAAGAGAAAAUUUCAGCCAAUCCUGACGCUGGACGUAUGAAUAGCAUAGCAAAGAACACUUACUAAUGAAAAUCUGAAUUCGGUUCCAGAUUAGAACGACCGCAUUGUGGCGUAAAGGAAGGCAGACAAUGACAAUGAAUUAUAGACCUUGUUAAUGGGCCAACAGCACGGGCUCAUUUCACCAUAACGAAAUAAUCUACGGUCUUGGAAUUUUCUUUUACUUGACAAAAGACAGUGUAAUGCGCAAAGCUCAAUGAGGGUGAUUCAAAUACCAUCUAUAAUGUUAUCUGUAAUCAUUUGUAUCGUACGCUGUACCACGAGACGAGAGCAGAGUUGCUCAUUUGUGCGGCUGCCAUUUCUUUUAACACGGCAUGUAGAACGUUCAUUCCUUCCGAACUAGUGUUUGACACUUCUCUGCAAAGCGUAAGCGAGUAACACAAAAAGCCUUUGUUGGUACAGUCGAAAAGUUCGAAGAAUUGCGCUGAUUAACUGAUGGCUAGCGAGCGCCGGGUUGUACGGGUCAUGCAAGUAUAUAGCUAGUGGUGCUUACGCUGAAAGACACCAGAGCGUAUACAUUCCGGCUGUAGAUUAGAGUCUAACGAACACAUAUCACAUACGAACUUCAUACUGAAUGGCCUAAGGCAGUCGAAUUAUCACUGUCGAUUUACAAUAUAAAUAGCUAGUUUCGGCAUCUGUGUCAGCAACCCUUAGAAACUUAAUUUUUUUGCGCAGCCUGGCUUAUCGGUUUAGGGAUUUCAAAUAGGCAAGCUAAGAUUACUUCUACUGAAAACUUACGGUUGGGCUUGCACUUCAUUAGCUUCAAUUAAGCGAAAAGACUGAUGCUUUUGUCGAAUCCUUAGGUAUAGGAAUAUUUAAAAAAAUAGAGAGUUCAUAAUAUGUAAGGUAUUUUGGAUGGGCAAAGGCAUGUGUGUAUAAUUUUUUAUAUAUUUUUGAUAACGUUUUGCCUGAAAUGUCUUCAAAAUCCACUGGCUUUGACGUACCAGUGCUAAGGGCAGUUGUAGACGUGGUUGCAGCUAGAGCACAAGCCACUUACUGCAGGUGCUUGAAAUAUUUCAGCACAUGCAAAGCCGAUGCACACUUUUUAGACUAUCUUUAUUAAAAUAGCAACAAAAAAAAAACGUAGUAUCUAGAAGCAUAUUACUACUGUGUACAAAGCAAUAUACAGACAAACCCAAAGUACAAUUGACAUGAGCUGAUCAUACUCAAACAGUACAAGGUAAUAAUUAAAACAUGCCACACCACGGCACCACUGUCGGGUUGUGUUCUAGCCUCGGGCCAGGAUAUUUAGUGCGACGAAAGAAAAAAGAAACGUAGUGAUAUCGUGAACAGCAUUGUGGGUCACAGAGGUACAUCAUCAUCAUCAUCAGCAUCGUGGGUCAGUUGAUUGACGUAUGUACCUCGUCGCUGUGCGCAAAUGUGCAAAGCUGCUCAUACGUAUCAGUUUGUGGACUGGCUGGUUCUUGAGCUAUAGCACUCGCUGCAUAUUGUGAGCGAUGAGCGCUGGCUAAUUACGAAUGGAUCUCGCGUACUGCCAUGUUCGUGAACCGCGCCCUAGGUUCUCAGCCAUUUCGUUGCGUUGCAUAUUUCUGUUACUUCUGAGGCCGUAACUGUCACUUUGCAGUAGCCACCACUGUUCGCUGUUUCCUUUAUCCACCCUGACCACUGAAUGUGGAAGUUAUUUUACAUUCAUAUACAAAGCGCUAUAUGCAGUACAUCUAUAAGGCCUCUAGUUUUACAAGCCGUCAUUACAGAGAAGUAGUAAAACUUUUUUUUAUAUAUAUGGUGUAAAAGAAGAAGUAAUGGCCAAGCGCCUUGCCUGAUAUGGUGCCAAUUCCUUGUCACAAUCAUGUGCUAGUAGAUAAGCAUCAAAGGUGCGCUUGCUGGUACAUGAAAUGCGACAGCAGCAAAGAGGCUGCUGGCACACUCAUUGUAAAGGUCACUCACGAGGUGUUACUGAUAGCCCAAAAUAUUACAGGUUGAACCUGCGUGCACUUGGGAAUCCAGAAAAUGAAUUUUGUGCAAUUUAUGUGCCUUCUCGCGAAGUUAUUAUUUGUUGUUAUUGUUUGGUCCGGUGACUUUUUGUGAAUGUUGUAUCACAUUUGCUGAUUGAAAUCAGCUACUCUGAGACAAAAGUGUACAAAUAUUUGCAGUUGCUCUUCGCAAUGAAUACUGAGUGGGCUGAAAAGAUAUAUGCAUAAGUAAGUCAAAGGCCAGUAGUGAAAAAUACUUUUUUUUUUUCAUUUCAAUGGGAUGAUUUUUUGCUGUUUAAUGGACACUUGUUCAAAUAAGAAGGAACAGCUCGCAUCGAUCUGUCGGCUCUCAUUUAAAUUGAACGUACAAUGAGUUGGCUCGUUAGCUUGUUGUCAAGGAGACAGCUGUAUUCAACAUUCUUUGAAGUACCAUCGAUGCAAGAUUCACAGAUCAACAUUUCAUGAAUUCCUCAAACAUUUAUCAUAACAUCACACAGGAACGCAAUCUGCCCCCUUCUUUAUACAAACUUAAGUGCAUACAGGUGUCCGAUGCAAUACUUUUUAUAACGUCAGUAUGCAUUAGUAUUCCGAAAUGACUCCAGUGCUAGGUAUCACUAUUGAAAUGUGUAACAGCAGUAAACCAAUCUGACAAAAAUAACGUUUGAUGAAACAUUUCGCAAGGGGACACUUUGGCAGAAAUGCGUUUAUUGACCAUGCAUUCGGCCUUCUUUUGCGCUUAAAGCAAACUUACAAACCCAACAGAACUAAAACCCGUCACUCCCAUAUACCCCCUCAGUAUUUCAUUGCGUAGGAAGCUUUCAGAUAUUUGCACACUCCAGACUGUUUGCGUUUGUGCACAAAUCGUGCAGUGUAAAGAGGAAUGUGUGCUGGUGUAUGGUGUUUUCUGUUUCUUAUUUCUACGACCAUCUGUUGGGGUGAGUGCUGUCUUGAACACGGUUGAUGUUUUGUGCAGGUUGCACAGUCACUACAGUUUUGUCAUGCAACAUUACAUCAGGUUAUGGUUGCUUAGAGCGAAAGAAAGAUAGUGUUGUUCAUACGACGUCUUAAAUGUCAUGCCAUUACCUAACGUGUGUUAUCACGUUACAUAAGCUUCGACUAAAGCUCAUACGAGCAAAAGUUAUUUCUGAGUGCCCAAAGAUCCAAAUGUAAAUGGCAUGAAGCCGCUUGAUAAAGUGAACAGAGAAGAGCAGGUCAUUAAGCUCCAGAUCACGUCAUAUGUCCUAAGUCUCUUAAGUCUGCAAGCCGCGAAAGUUGUACCUCUCCAUUGAACAUUGAAGUUUAUCUCUCAAUCACAAUGUUUUUUUCCUUUGGGCGACCUUAAGAUAAGCUUUCAUUCGCUGGUGCGAGUGUUGAAGCCGGUACUGACAAGAUGUGAACCACCUGCUAGAACGGUGAAGGGAGUAGAUUCUCUCGAGAAGAAAGAUCAAUUCAAAGCAUACUGCCUGAACUUUGGUUUCUGUUUGUUUUAUUUUAGUAGUUACGCGUUGUGUUAUACUCUGGUUUUAGUCAAAGGACACAAAUUGGCAUUUGUUUGUGCGUUGCCCAUGUUCACUGCAUGUGCAGCUAUAUAGAUUAUGCAUCUCACCACGAAACUAUAUCACUGCCACAGCUGCACCAUGAAAUGAAUGCGUUGUUUGCUACCAAGUGUGUCUGAGAAAUACAACUAGUGAGUCUUCGUAACGCGGCACAUUCGUUCUCGUUGCUACGUGUAUGCAUUCUUAAAAAGGUCAGCCACAGGGGAAGUGUGUGUGUGUGUAACGGAUAUACGAGCACCUGAAGUCGAGGGUUUGCAUUUUCUUCCGGCACCUGUAGGCCGGCAUCGCAUGUAGAAGCUUUGCACAAAUGAUGUAUGAUGUACAGACGCAAUACAACAAACAAGAGUUCUUUUUU